UUCGGUUCGAAAAUGAUGUCUGCUGAUUAGAAUUCAUAAUGUCUUGAGCUUUAGUUUGGACGCUGAAUGCCGGCGCAUGAAAAUACCAUAGCAAAUAAUAAUGUCAUCAGCAAGCAACUUAGCAGUGCCCAUGGUGCUGUGGGGCAGGCAUGCUCCAACACACUGCAUAUCUGCCAUUCUCAUGACAGCAGAUAUGAAGAAUAUCGUAACUGGAUGCAAUGAUGGACAGAUAUGUAUAUGGGACCUCAAUGAAAAUUGGCAGCUGUAUCCGAGGAGCAUGUUGUUUGGACAUACAACAGCUAUCAGCUGCCUGGCCCUCGGCUCAGACAAUCCACAGACAUCUUAUGUUGUCAGUGCCUCAGAAAAUGGAGAGAUGUGUUUAUGGGAUAUCACUGAUGGUCGAUGCAUUGAACACACAAAGAUGUCUAUAGUGCACACGGAUAUCAAUGCCUACAGAUUCCGCUCAUCUAAAGAACUGAGGCUAGUGUGUAAUGGCUACUACCCGGAAAUCCAUGUCAUCGACCCCCUCAGUUUUGAGUUGUUGUGGUCUCUGUGCUCCAAACUAGCACCAGACUGGAUCAGUGCAUGCUGUGUUCUUCGGCCUGUCAAAAGAGAAGAUGAUGUAGUGCUUGCUGUAUCUAACUCGGGAACUGUCAAAGUAUGGACACUGACAUCAGAACCCAAGACAAAGUCCGUCUAUGAGGAUGAAUCGAAGCAGAUACGCUGUCUGAAUGCUCAAACUUUAACAUGUUGCCCAUACAACCAGCGAACUGUCCUCAUCGUCUGCUCCAAGUACUGGCAGGUGUAUAAUUAUAACCCCCAAUCUGAGAGUCCUCGUCACCAUGGAAACCGGAUAUACGAUGCUGGGGAUUUCACCUUGUUGUGUUCUGAGUCGAACCGAGUCGGUGAACGGUGGGCAGGUGGCGACUUCAUCAGCGUUGACCGUGUCAUUGUAUGGAGCAACGAUGGCAAGGGGUAUCUCUACAAGCUACCUACCAAUCUUCUGAAAGGAAAGGCAAUUACAAGUGCAAGUCCCGACAGCCCUGACUACCAUCGACAGCACCAACCAACAUCUCCACAUGCUUACUAUAUACUUGAUCUGUAUGCAGAUCAGUCCCUGGUGUGUUCGCCAGCCAUGAUGUUUUUCCGGAGCAAUGGCGAGACUGUCCCCAGGAGGCUUUUACUGCGAGGAGAUUCGGAGGGGCGAGUUGUCAUCUGGAAGCUGCCUGAGGUUUCGGAGAGACAGAUGACCCUUGUACGACAAGAGAGCUUUGACAGACUGCCAGCUCUCCCUCCCCGCUGUAAGACCACUCUGCAGGAGGUGUGGGACAGUCUGUACAGGCCCCCUGCUGGAGUUCUCGAUGGUCUGUGUGAUGAGAACAGGCAGUCCCUCCACAUCUCAUCCACCAUUUACAUCCCAUCACAAGGCAAGCUGGUUUGUGGCCGCAUCAAUGGCACCAUCGUCAUCGUCCCAGCAACACAGAGCGUGAUGCUGCAACUUCUCACCACCAAGACGCUCAAAGCGGACAAUAUUCCCACCAAGAUCCUGCAGGGCCAUGAUGGCAGGGUGACAUGUCUGCUGUACCCCUUCAACGAGAGUACACGGUAUGAGCCCCAACAUCUGCUGUCUGGAGGAGCUGACUUCUCUGUCAUCCUGUGGGACAUGAACUCGGGCUACAAGAUCCACACCUUCACUGUACAUGGGGGAGAGCUCACGCAGAUGUUGGUGCCUCCCGGCAACUGCAAUACUCGGAUCCUGUCUGCUGUUUGUUCGGUUGCAAGUGACCACUCUGUAGCUCUCCUCAGUCUGAAGGAGAGAAAGUGUAUCAUGUUGGCAGGGCGCCACCUGUUUCCAGUUCAGACAAUCAGAUGGCGCCCCCUGGAUGACUUCAUGGUUGUCAGCUGCUCUGAUGGCACAGUCUAUGUAUGGCAGAUGGAGACAGGUCACCUUGAUCGAGUUGUCCAUGGCAUUACUGCAGAGGAGAUCCUCAACAACUGUGAUGAAAAUGCCACACCGAUGGAAAGUCUGACCAAUCCUAGUCUGACUCUGGCACAGGCCCUGAAGAGACGGAAUCUGGCAACAUUCAAGAACCUGGCACAGCAGAAACUACAGCAGCAACAAGCAGCUGCCCAACAUCAUCAGCAGCAGCUGACACAAAGACCACCACCAGAGAUGCUUAAACCUACCGUACCCCUGCUUAUACAAGGAGUGAGGACCAACACCAGGGACCCUGACUCUCAUGUGCUUUUCUUUGACACAGAGGCCUUAAUUGUGCAACUGUUGACGGAGGAGUAUGCCACCAUGUCCCCCGGGGAGCUGGAGGCAAGGGGACUCAUUGGGAUGACAGAGGAUCAGCUCAUUAAGUCCUCUGGUGGCCUGGAGCUGUCAGACACACAGCAGAAACUCAUGGGUUUCAUAGCCAAGGCUAAAGAAAAGGCAGAGAAUGUUGGUCAGAAGAUACAAGCUAAGGCUGAGACAGCUGGACUAGUUCCUACACAGACAGGUGGCCGUUUAACUCCCACAAGACUGAGUUCAACUCCAUCAAGGCGAAGUAACACCAAGCCUGAUGGCCUUAUUGUCAGUGACAAUCUAACCUUGGAGAUAGCUCAGUUCUUCAUGUCGUGUCUUCAUGCAUGGGGCCUGGAUCCAGAUCUGGACAGACUGUGUGUUAACAAACUGGGACUGCUGAAACCUCAGUGCCCCAUAUCGUUUGGCCUGCUGUCUCGCCAGGGCCACAUGUCCCUGAUGCUGCCUGGAUGGCACAAGCGAGUCUGUCAGGAGGAGUUGGUGGGCAUCAGCGGCGACAUUGGGAAGGCAACUCUUGCUGAUCAGGCCCGGACUGCAGCCAUGAAGGGGAUGGAUAAAGGCACUGCUGAUGAGUCCAGUAAAAAAACACUGCUUGCACAGAGAUCUGGCAGUGUUCCGUUUGAUAUAGAACACCUACUGUUCAGUGAUGGGGAUAUGGAAAGUGAUCCUCGGCAAGGCUCAGCUUGUGAGGAGCAGAAGGUGGAGAGCCCACUGUCUGCCCUAAAGGAAGAGACCAGGAUCUUCUCCGCCAAGGCAAGAUGGAAAAUCUCCAGCGGUGUGACCACUCAGCACCUUCUCAGUGUAAUCUCAGUUGCCAACACACUGAUGGGGAUGAGUCAUGCCAGCUUUAUCUUUGGUAAACAGAGCAGGUCAAGGAGCAGGAAGGGCGCUGGUUCCUUCACCAGUCACCAUGGCAUCAUCAUGAAUGAGACUGACAGUGACGGAGGUAGUGAGGAUGAGGACAGUGUCAGCAUCCUGCAGGCCCAGAUAAAGCAGGGAUGGAGUCUGCUAGCAGCGCUACACUGUGUGCUGCUGCCUGAGCUGGUUGGUCCGGCACACUAUCAGUCGCCCCAGCUAGAAAUGCUGGCUCGCAGAUGGCAGGAUCGCUGUCUGGAGAUAAGAGAAGCAGCCCAGGCUCUCCUGUUGGCGGAGCUGCGUCGGAUUGGCCCGGAAGGGAGGAAAGCGAUAAUAGAUGAAUGGUCUCCAUACCUGCCCACUUACGUGGACCCCCAGCACAGCCUGCUGAGUGACCCCCAACGUGGGGAGGACGACGAGGAAGAUGAGGAUGAUGAACAGAUGCUGGCAGGUGAUUCUCCUGCCCACAAAGUGUCUGUGUCAUUUGAAAGUCGGCGAAAACAGGCGACUGCUAUUGUCAUGUUAGGUGUGAUUGGAGCAGAGUUUGGGCAUGAGAUAGAACCCAAUCGACGGAAGGUGGAAGAGAUAAAAAAGGGCAAGAGGAAUGUCCAAGAAGGAUUCAGUCUCACAAACUACAACCUCUCCAGACACACUAGCAAGGCUCUAACGUUCCUGCUGCUGACCCCUCCCAGUCCCCCUACCUUCCAACUUCCCCCAUCCCACCGUGCGGCUAUUGAUCUGUUGGGUAGGGGCUUCACUGUAUGGGAGCCAUACCUGGACGUGUCCUCUGUGCUGCUUGGGCUGCUGGAACUGUGUGUGGAUGCAGACAGGCUGCUGCCCAGCAUGACCUAUGGGCUCCCUCUAACUCCAGCAGCAGAUGCCUGCAGAUCUGCCCGCCAUGCUCUAUCACUGAUAGCAACAGCCCGCCCCCCAGCCCUCAUUAUCACCAUGGCGAAAGAGGUGGCACGAUACAACGCCCUGGCACAGAACACCCAGUCUCAACAUGCGCAGAUCCUCAACUCAGUGCUGGUCCGAGCUAAACAGGAGAUCCUUCAUGUUAUUGAGCUGCUGGUUGAAAAAAUGCCGAAUGAUGUGGCUGAUCUCAUUUGUGAAGUGAUGGAUGUGACCAUGCAUUGUCUGGAAAUAAGCCAGCUCAAGGCCAAGGGCUUGCAGGAACUCUUCCCAGCAAUAUGCAGGUUCAGUAUGGUAUCCUACUGUGGACAAACCAAGAGGAUCUGGGUGGGGGCCAAGAACGGUGGCCUGGCUCUGUACGAGAUGAAGCAACAUGGCAAGUGUCAGCUCAUCCCAGGCCACCACGGCCCAAUCAUUGCCGUGUCUGUCAACCCAGACGGCAAGUUUCUGGCUACUUUCUCCCAUGUUGACAGCAAACUCAAAUUCUGGCAGACUGCCUCGUCCUCUCUGUUUGGUAUCGGAUCUCAACAGACUAAGUGUAUUCGGCAGUACACCACCGCACCUUGCCAAGUCUCCCCGGUCACCAACAUCCUCAAACUGGUCAGACUUGUGUGGAUCGACAACAGAACCGUUGUCUUGCUCACUGUUGAUGGAACAGAGACAAAGUAUUCUGUAUAGGAUGGUGAAUUUGUUACGACGCAUCUGGCAUUGUGUGCUUCAAGAAUGAAAUGCUGUGGAAUGAAUCAAAAUGGUGAUGGUUGAAAAAUGUAUGAAUGACAUCAAGCAAUAUUUCAUAGUGUCAGUGACUGUAGUUUAACAUAUUCUGAUGUAGCUGAGACUUCUCGGGGUGUAACAAUUGAUCAUCUGUCAAGAGCGUGAUUGUUUGUUGCAAUGCGUAGGUGACAAGCUUAGAUGUCAACAUCAGGAGCAAUCCUACAUUGUCAAUAGAAGUAAUAACUUGUUAAAAUCCAUUUGCCAUUCUCUGCAUGAGGAGACAUUGAUAUAGGUUCUUAAAGCAACUGUCAGACAAUAAUGAGAUGUACCUCCUUGUGGUAUCCAGUAUGUAGGACAAGGAGAGAAUGUAAGACUUUGUCAUACAAAUAAUGCAAGGAAAUCUACUUUAUGGAUUUUAUAUGUACAUAUACUGCAGUGUCAUGGCUGAAAUUUCAAAUCUGCUUGUCCAUGAUUGGUAAUAUUGAGGAUGGACUGAUGACAUAUUUGUGUUUAUGCCAUAUGAACCUUUAGGUGGCAGCAAAUCUGUAACUGAUUGGUUGUUUUUUACAACCUGAGUGUGAAUAUAUAUUAAUUUCUAACCCCAGUGAUAGAAUUGGAGUAGUUGAGAUGUACUCAAUAAUCACCCUAGAGACUCCCUAUGUAUUGUCCUUCAGCUUGAGUCCAUGUAGUGAAGCCUUCAGUGCUGUCCUGGCUGGUACACAGGUAAUCUGCCUCACACUUGGUUUCGCUGUGGCCAAGAGAUUGUAGCCUGCUUCUUGAUUUAGCGCUGAUGAAAGGUCUACAAAGCGAGAAGUGUGAUCCAAGUCACUAAAGUGUGAUCACAGUUGUACAGUUCCUGGAUUAAACAAGUCAGGAUGCUAGGAAGGCUGUAAUCGUACACAUCAGUCAGAUACCAUAUGCUUUGAUGGGGCAUUGUUUGCUAGGAGUGGUGUCCCUGGGGGAACCCAGAUAUCAAUAGGGCCCAUGAGAUUCACAAGUAUUCAAGUACCAGUUCUGGUUCCAAAUUGCACGACCUCAAAAUAUGACUUCACUAGACUGGACCAAGUAUUCUACCACGCAGCAUCAAACUCAUAAAGAGAAGUAUUUGUAUCAAGUGUAUCAUUACAGCCCUUAGCAGUGGAUUCCUUCAUUUCUGGUUGUACCAUAUGAAACAUAGAUAACACUGUGAACCAUUGUGGUGUAGAACAUGGAGUAUAACCUACGCAAUGGAAUAGAGUUUGGGACCAACCACUUGAUGUUCGGGGACGGUGCUUGGAUAAUAAAAAAAAGUAAUAGUUUGUUUAAGAAUAUAUUUGUUUGGUAUCAGGUUUUGCAAAAAAAUAAAUUCCUCCUGGAUGUUAUGAUAAAAAAAUGUGUUGUUGGUUCAAACAAAACUGUUUGGCUUAUUGUUUAUAGAUAAAAGUUCUCUGUCUUGAAACAUUGGCUGAAACAAUGUAGUAACAUUUUCGGAUGCUCCCUCUACCCUUAAAAAUAUAACGGUUGGUUCUUGAAAACAUUAUUAUCUUCACUGAGAUAUUUAAUAUUUAUGGUAUAAGGUUGAUUUAUUACAAGCCAGAGUUGCAAAAGAAUAUAAUCAUAAUAUUCCAGUCAUUUUCCAAUCUUCAGAAUUCAUAACAAGUCAAAACACAUCAUCACAAGACACAUCAGUAAUACUGGUAAACAUACUUAUCGAAAUAUCUGCUUUCCAUUCAGAUGAAUGGAUGCAAAUAUCAACAGGAAAGUUAGACUUGGUUUCUGUAAGUGUGUUUAACAGUAAUUCAGCAUAUAUUAGUAACAGUCCAUUGUUAGAAACUGUUUUUGUUCACGACACGGUAGGUGAUUGUUAAUGGAACAAUUCUAUUCAUGUUUGAGUCAUUCCAUUAGUGUACAUAGGGACGAAUCUAGUCAUGUACAUAGCACUACACAAACCAGGAGACUUGAGAGAGGAAGACACCAGCUGCACUGGCUGUACAUCAUGGGUGAACAGGUGCUUGGACAAUCUGAGUAAUGCUAUUUGUGAUUCAUGUGAACCCCUGGGAAUUUAGAUUUGGGAGGGGUAGGGGACCAGGUAUAAUAAUAGGACUCCCAAGUACAUGUACUACUGAAAGCAUUGAAGCAUUUGUGAAGCCAUAAGUGGAACUUUGUUAGUUUGAAUGCAAACUUGUGUAAAGGAAAUCCUACAUGGACAGUAGAAGUUAACAUGUGUGCUACUUGACUUAAUGUUGUCUUUGCAUCGCAUGAGACUUGCAGUGCAAAUUAUUUGCUCUCAAUUAUCUCGGAAUAUAAUUUUCUGCAUCUACUUAAAGUUAUAUUUUAUAUGAUUAAUGGCAUGCAAUGACAUACUUCUUCUGCCAGAUGGAUUAUAGAAUACAUUUUGUUCAUAAAAUCAAAUUGCAUUAGGAGAAAUAUUAAAAAUAUCUAGAAUUACAUUCCAGCACUUAUGAUUCUUUGAACCAGAUUUUGUGUUCUUCAACGUCACAAAGACUCAUAAUUUUGGGCACAAAUUUGAUGAGAAUUCUGACAGUGAUAAGACAGGUCUCUUCAAGUCUGCAGUAAUGUUGGGGCAAGGAGUGACUCUCCAUGAUGUACAGUGUGAGUGUAGCGUACUGUGUGAAAUGGGUAUAACAUCUAGCUAACUGUGUAUAUACCAUCAUCAUUUGGGUGGAUGCUUCUCUGCCUCAAACUGACCUAUUGUGAAAAGAUCCAAUUUUGAUCAAAUGUAUAUAAGAAUCAAUAGCUGAAUGAACAAACGUCACCUUUUGUGUCCAUUCUGCAAAGUACUGUAGAAUUCAGGAUUAGGUCUGCUGGAAUGGUGUUUACAGCAUAACCCAAACUGUUGUUAUCAUACAUUUACGUAUGAUUAAAGUCAGUAUAUGAAGCCUAGAAUUACAGAAUAUAAGUCAAAUUAUCCAGAAGUGAAUCUGAGUAGCGCCUUGUCUUCCUUAAACCACACCACAUCUUCCUUAAACCACACCACAACUUCAAUGAAUUGCCAUCUUGUGUGAUGUCAUAGCACUGUUUGAUGGAACCAUCUUGUUCAAUUUCCUGAAAACUCUUCCUACUAUAUUUUCUCAUAGGUGAACAUUUUAUGCUUAUAUUGUUAAAAGAUUUUAGAUUAUAAUGUCAUCCAAAACUUUCAAACACUUUGAAUAUUUGCUCAAUAUACCGGUACCUCUAUCAUAAAGUGUUUGGCACAAUGGGUAACAGUAUUAUACAACAGUCAGCAUAAAAUGCACACCAACCAUUCUUUCUUUAAUUAAACAUUAAAUAACAAAGAUUUUAGAAAUAUCUUAGGAAUAGUUAAAUACUCUCAAUCAUACCAGCAGACAUGUUUUGUUCUGAGAAUCUUUGGGUAUGUGUGUUUGAGGCAGGGGAGACUACUCAUGUGAUGGUGUUUGGGAGCAACUACUUACUACUGAUACAACAUGCUUAUGGUGAAGCCACAAGUUCUCGCAUUACUGGUAUUGCUUGUAUUAUAAAUCUUUUUUUAAUUAUCAUGUAUUUUGUGUAUGUCUACACGUUGUCUUAUGUGUUGUCUCUACACAUUCCUUCUGUCCAUCUUUAGGGGACCACUGUGAAAGGAACACUUUCCUUCAUAAAUGUAUUCAGGAAAUAAACAAAAUAAUUUGGUAAUUGUCCUCUAAAAUAUGCCCAUAGCUAUCUUGAAGGUAUCUUUUUAGGAUCUAGAAAUCUUAUUACUAUGGCAUGACAUAAAGAAGGGUCACUCAGCCAAUGAUAGUCUGUGUUGCCAUGAUGUAAUGUCGAAGUGUGAAACUCAGUGUCUCUGCUAGAGUAAGUGUUGAGAUUCAUCUACAUAAUACAAUUUGAACGAGCAGACCAACGAAUCAGUGACUAAUUAACUUUGAAGGACUAGCAAUUUGUUGGAACCUAGUCACACUCUGAUAUUAAACAGCCCUGCUAAAGAAAGUGUACACCAUGGUUUAUUAACAGAAUUUGGCUCUUAUCAGUUGAGAUAAAAUUUUAAAAAUUGUUUUCUUAUAAAUUUAAACUUUGUUCAUCAUUGUAUUGUUGUGUUGUAUUCUGUUCUGUUCAUGGAUUUAUGUGUAGCUUAGCCAGAUAGCUCUAGCUGUUUCAAUGCCUGUGUAUGUUGUGUCUUGGUACUUAAUGUAUGUUGGUGUGUAUUGACGAUUAUAGCAGUACACCUGUAUUGAACUCAUGAGGAUCUUCCUCCCCUUGGCUGUGAAAUGUGUAAAUAUGUAUAUAUGAUAUAUGAUGUAUGAUGAGAGUGCUGUAUAUUAACAUGACUGGGAAUGUGUAGUUGGGGAAUUAUUUAAUUUCACUGUCUUGUCAAACAGAUACAACUGUUUCAGAGGUGUUUUUUUUUCAUUUUUUUUCUCUUAAAAAAGUCAUGAUGUGUAUAGCUUCAGAUUAACAAUUCUUUUGUAUGUUGCGGUUGGAAAGAUCAUGGAUUUGUUUAUGGAUGUUGAAAGGGUUUUGCCACUUCUAUUAAUGCCCUUAGAUAUCAAAUGCCAUGAUAUAUGUGAGUGAGUUUAAUUUUACGCCACUUUAGCAAUAUUCCAGCAAUAUCACGGCGGGGGACACCAGAAAUGGGCUUCACACAUUUUACCUAUGUGGGGAAUCGAACCCGGGCCUUUGGCGUGACGAGCGAACGCUUUACCCACUAGGCUACCCCCCCAUGACAAAUGUAGAAAUAUUAGAUUGAUAUUACUCAUAUAAUACAGUGACACUGUGUGACAGUGUUACAUUGAGUACUAUUGUAUAUACUUAACUGUUGUUUAAGGUAUCAAUAUCAGUCACGGUAUGAGUCCUCAGAAUAAAUCUUUAACUCUAAUAACAUGCAAAGGUGGAAUAAAUAACAUGCUUUAAAUAAUGUUGUUGUUUUAAGUCAUUAAGUGAGUCAUCCCGUUCCUCAUUGAAAGAAGAAAACGUAACUAUGGAUACAUUGAACAUGACUUAUCUUAUGCGUUAUUUUUGUUAGAGGAUGCUCUUUUAUUCAUUAAACUUCUGUGGCUGACACUAGACUUUAAGUGACGAAACCUAGAACUAGUGUAUAAUUCCCAUAGAGUUGGUUAUUGAGACAAACUUCAAGGAUCGUCAAAUAUCUGAAUCUGAUUGUAGAUAUAGAUCUUCAACAUUAACAUGUGGCAUCAGACCACAAUUAUUAGGAGUAGUACACAAUUACUCCUGCUGGAAUAACCACAUCACCAGUAACAAUACAAAAUGCAAGUCUGACUGCUAGUUAAAACAAAAUGGUUGUUAGCUACGCUCUCCUGUUACUCAGACCACUAGGAGAGUUUUGUGCAAAAACAGCUCAAAUUAAGUAUUAAUGCAGAUAUAGUAUUGUGAUUCAAGUAUUGCAAUAUGUAUCAAUGCACGAGGUCAGUGUAUUGACUGAUGACUUACAACAUCUUGAGGGUUAGAAUGUGAGGGAGUCUGAGAUUUUCUAUUACUGUAAUUUAAUCUAUGGACCCUAAAUAUUUUCUUAACAGUUUUCAUAAGGACUACACGGCUUCUUGAAUCUGAGCUUUGUAUUUAUCGAUAUUAUCACUCUAGUGUAUAUUUGAGUCACAUUUAUCAACUCUCAUUAAUACGAUAUUUCAACUCCGAGGUGUUGCAUUUGAUAUAAAGAGACACAAGGGGGAGAUUCUAUAUUGAGUAUUUAUCACCCAAAAUCAUACCACCAACCUGAGUCUGUAGACAGUAUAUAACCAGUGUUUUGAGUUUGGUUAAAACGGUAUGCUGUUAGCAUGGUACUGUAAGUAUUGCGGCCUUCUGUUGAGUCCAUUUUGUUCGGUAUGUGAGAACUUACUUCCAGGGAAAGAGCAGCCGUCUAGCAAAGAAAUGCAUAAAUUUUGACAUGAUUCCAUUUCUAUACAUUUUAGAAAAGGUUUAAAAACGUUAAUAAAAUGAAGACCAAAAAAAAUGAAAAUACCAAUUUUUUUUAUAGCAAUACGGUAUACCGAACUGAAGGCAAAAUACCAUGAUUCUUCUAAUACCGUGGUACACCGUUUCACCCCUAGUCUGGAGUGUAAUCUGCUUCAGUGGCAGAGAAUCAGAGAAAUUUAGUUACAUCAUGGUAGCUGAUGUGAUGGUUGCUGGCAAGUAUUGUGAUGCAAUUUUAUUGCUGUCACCCACUCCUAUGGAAGCCAGUUUGGGAUGAUAAGUGUAUGUUGUGUAUAACAUUAAUAUUUAAUCAUGUUUAUUUCACAAUCAGAUAAUAUGACCAGAUUCAUGGUUUAAUGUAUUUUGUAUGUCUUGCAUGUUGUGUAUUUGUUGUGACUCUGUAACCCUGCUUGUAUACCUGUAAUGGGUGAGUGGUACGAGGCGGAGUGUGGUAUGAUUGUCACUUGAGAAGGCUGAACACUGCCAAGUCCACAAGGUAGAAUAAACAUUAACCUGAACUGAAGCCAGAUCCAUGUUCUGUUUUGGACGAUUUAGGAGAGGCUGUUUCAGUUUGUAAAUUGUUGUUUUGUUUUGUUUUCGAAAAAUUAUUUAUCUUUUUGCCUCAGCUGUAGAAACUAAAGUUGUAUUUGCUGGCUCUGCUGCAUGUCCUUCAAAAGGUUGUUGAAAAAAAUGUAAUAAAUGUCAGCUCAUCUUUUUAGUGAGAAAAGGAUGUAUUUUGAUGCAGUUGGUCAAAAGUUUGGGAUAGUCAUAUGGGAA